GCUAUUUAAAGUCACAAUCUUUGGCGGACUUGUGUACUUGAGUUGGUUAUGUUACGUUGUUCAUUCCCACUUUCCCACGCCAUCUUCGCUUUGAAUCAGAUUGAUAUCAACGUUUUUGUAAUUUGUGUAUGCGAACAUGUGAAGUUUUUCAAUUUGUAACGACGCCGUUUAACAGUCCUCUAAUGCAGAGCUAGUUAUCCCAUAACCUACAAUCAGGCAUAUUCUCGCUGGUUUUUCAUCAACGGAUCUGCACAAAAAUGAAUAUAGUGUGCGUGAUAUGUAGCGAUAUGUUGACACCAUCCGACGAUGUUUUCCAUACACCAUGUGGACAUAUAUUCCACUAUCCGUGCUUGCUGCAAUGGCUUGAUAGGUCAAAGACUUGUCCACAAUGUCGAGUAAUCACAACUAAUCGUACGAUACAUAGGAUAUAUUUUAAUUUUUCAAAUAAUGAUAGCAUCGUAGAAGAUCCUGCAUCUCUACAGAACAAAAUUGACAACUUAAAUUUCCAGCUAAAAGUGAAAGACAAAAAGUUUAGUGAUCUUACAGAGGACAAUGACAAAUUGAAGAAUGAAACAGCUGGCUUAAGACAGAGAGUUAUUGAAGUUGAAAAUGAAGUAAAUGGCAAGAAUAGUGCAAUUUAUGCAUGUAAUGAGCAGAUUAAAUUUUAUAAACAGCGAUGUUCAAAUGCAGAGAAUGAUAGGAAAGAGAAAGAAAAGUUGACGGAAAAACUCAAACUUUUAAAAAACGUACAAAAUCUAAUAGAUGAUUCUUCUAAAUCUAAUGUGGAGGAUAUAACGAUGCAAACAAAUGAUAUUUCCAAACUUAGGAUAUACAUAGGAAUAUUAAAAAAGGAACUCGAGAGCAUGCGUGAGAAGAGCAAAGUGUUGAGGAACAAAUAUAAGAAUGAACAGCAAAAGUUCAUGCAAGUCUCCAAAAGAAAUAAAUUUUUGGCACAGGAAUAUGCUAAACAAAAUGAAUUGAAACAACGUUCUACAGAAUUAGAAGAACAUUUAAAACGCUGUGAAACCGAAAAUAUAUCUUUACAAACUCAGCUUUUUAACAUACAGACAGAUGCACAAAAAUUCGUAUGCUGUAAUAAAAUAUUCACGGAGCAAGAAGAGAGCUACGAGCAAGAAAACUUGAAAGCGCAUAAGGAAUUUUGUACCGUAAAAUCUAAUAAAACAAUGACUGAAUAUAUGACAAAAAAAGAAUACAUUAUAAAAUUCGAAAAGAGUAAUAGUUGCAUUAUAGAUCCAAAUAGUACCGAGAAUAUCCCACGGAAUAAAUCGCAGGAUUUCUUUUCGAUGAGAAACCAUGGUAUGAAGAGACAGAAAUCUAAUAACAAUUUGAAAAUACCUUCGACACUUGUGAAAAAAUCAAGAAUUAACUCACCAAAUCAAAAGACUGCCAGUGGCAGAGGCAUGAGUUUUGAUGGCUUCGGAGGACAUGCCAAGUAUGAUAAAUUUCCUGAUCCUAUUUCUAGCUCGCAUGUAAAGAAAACCAGAGAGGAUUCAAAGAUGAGCAAACCAAAACUUGAUACGGGUAACAAUCAGAAAAUCGAUGAUUUACUGAUGUUUUAUACUGAUAUAAUAAUAUAAUGCCUAAUAUGAUGCCUAAAUUAUAUAUGUAAUAGAAAUUAUAAUGAGACGUAAGAUUCAAGACGUGAAAGGAUUGGGAAUGUAACUCCAGUAUAGAAUUGUGUAUUUUUUUAUUAAUUA